UGUCGUCCGGUACCGCGAAACAUUUCUAUCCCGCACGGGAAGGAAAUAGAAAAAGGAAAAUUGUGCGAUAAGUCAGCAGGCCGACGCGUGAUACACGAAGCCAAUCGAUUUCCUAGCGACAUACUUCGCAUACAUUGCUGGCAACAUCUUUUCUCCGAUCAUUCGAUUCUUAUCAAUUUUAUUAAACGCCGUGGCUCGAUUCAACGGCGAACAAUGCCGCGUUACGUGGCGCGUUGAAAUAGACGCGUCCCAUUCGAGACAAGUGUUCCGCGAUUCCGGCGAUGAACAAUAUGAUCAAUCAUUUAUUCGAAACUUCCCCGUGUGUGCGUAAUUAGUCAUGUGAAUUUCAUUGACGCCCAGACAAUUAUUUUCGGCGGCUAACUGUGAACCCCAGGCUUGUUCCCUGUCGAUGAAACUAUUCAUGAUGUAAGAGUAUGUUUCAUCAUUUCCAAAUUGACAAUCGAGUGUAGAAUUGGGCGCAGCCUUGAAUAAUUAUUAUCCAAUAAACGGACGAUGCUGAUAAUUGCUUUUGUGAUCGAUAUAUUUUUCUCGGCUAAAUCGUGCGGUACUCAACGUGUCCAGCAAUUACUAAUUACAUCAACCGCUAACUCGGUUAAUAACACGGCGGCAACUAUCGUGAAACUUUUCGCCCGGGAAAACCCGAUAAUCCCGAAUAGGACUUCUAAAGCUUAUCAACGCGCGUGUCAUCAUUCCCGAAAGCCGGUAUCAACAACAAACAAAAUAGCAAAACCUAAUCUCCUGGGAAAACCGGGAGCGCCGCUUGCAGGUCCAAAUCUUCCGGAAACAGUCGCUAGGACCCCGCCAUAUAUGGAUCACGGGUGGCAACACGUUGAACAACCUGUACAGGUUUGCUUUUGCCCUCGCGAAUCCGAUGACCGUCACACGAAGAAGCGGCACGGAGAAAUGCGGUAAAUACGAGUAGAGUAAUACAACCGUAGUGCAGUGCGUGACUCAGUCGUCUCGUGGCUCUUGAUCUAUCCACACGUCGCCGGAGAGCCGCGAUCGUUCUUGCUCGUUAGGACACCGAUAUUCGCCGAUUCUUCGCUUCAUCCAUCCUCGACAAGCUGCUCGGAGAGUUCUUCGGGAAUUCUCCUUUCUUCUCGAGAUUCCGAGGGGAUAUUGUGACCGACCAGCAACACUCCGUUGUACUUACUCGCAUUCUGCACGGUAUAACUCCUGUGCCCGAGUGAACUUGAUCAACCGGACCUCGUGUUAGAAGAGGAUCGUAGAGGAGGAUAAUCAGACGCCCAAGCACGCGCCGCGGGAAUCUGGAAAAGGCAUGAUGUUCACACUGAUGUUCCUCGGCCUCUUGGCCUGCACUUCCGGCCAAUUGAUCUAUCCAGACGAGUUCGAGCUGCUGAAGACUUCGCUGGGAACUCCAGAGUCGUACACAAUUGGAAGUCAACCGAUUGUUCAAGCGAACGCGCACAGACCAAUAGGAGCACAACCAAUUCCAACGGUACCGCCGCCACGCGUGCAAUACAACCCACCGCAAGGAUCUAUGAGAAAAACUAUAACGACCACACCUGCCCCCAUGACCCCGCCAAAAGCAUACGUUGCUGAGAAUCCGUUGCAAGAUUGGACUGGCCAUGUGAAUAAGAUCAUCGUGACGGGUAUCACGAAGUUCACUUUGGACAUAGAUCGAGAAAUUUAUAGGACACGAAGUACUUCGUUGAUCGAGCAACACGAUAAUAUAGUCUUCUCACCGAUCAGUCUGACCGUCGCCCUGGCGCUUGUCCUUGCGGGUUCUGCAGGUAGAACCUUCAACGAAGUCUCCAGAGUCCUUGGACUACAGUCCGGAGUUGAUAUAUCGAGAAAUUCUGAAAUAGUCCAUCAGAUGUUCGGCAUAAUGCUGUCACAACUUCGUACUAAGUUGGAAACCUCGUCUGGGCCUCGUUUGGACUUUGCUACUGCCGCAUACGUACAGGAGGGGUAUCAAAUUCUUCCCCAAUUCAAGUCGAUCAGCCAGGAAGUCUACGGGAACGAAGUAAUAAAUGUAGACUUCGCCAGGAAGGGAAAAAUGGCGCAGAACAUCAUCAAUGCUUGGGUACAACAGAAGACUAUGGGCAAGAUCGACAGUAUUCUGAACGAUGUACCUCCUCCGGACACUACGCUCAUUCUUUUGUCAGCGCUUUACUUCAACGGAGAAUGGAAUCAACACUUUUUAAAUGGAGCUACUAAAAGGAGGCCAUUCUUCAUCGAACCGGAAAAAUCAAUCGAAGUAGACAUGAUGUACAAUGGCGGUCAGUUCCCUUUCUAUGAAGACAAACAGCUGGGAGCGAAGAUCAUUGGUCUACCUUACAAAGGCAGCCAGACCUCGAUGUAUGUAUUACUACCGGACGCGAAAGGAGCGAAGGCCCUAAGGAGCUUCAUGAACAAGCUAACCGUGUCCGACAUCGAAAACCUCGUGAGCAACAUGAAGAACGACACCUGCAUCAUCAGUCUACCCAGAAUGAAGUUGUCCAGCAGCCUCAGUUUAAGAUCAACCCUAUCUAACUUGGGUCUGUCCUCCUUGUUCAACCCAGCGACCGCCGAUUUGAGUCUCGUCUCGCAAAACCAGAGCAACGUGACGCCAUCGCCAACGACGCAUUCGACGCAAAUGGGCCAGUACCAGCAGGUGUCAUUCAACUCGAGGAUAAAUAAAGAGGGGACCAAUCACGUGGUGCGAAGAAACUACUUCACUUACCAGGACAAGUCGCACGGCUACACGGUGCAGCAAUGGGCCACCGGGUUCUCAAUCAAGAAAUCCCGGAAGCGUCGUGAGUCCGAGGUCAAGACACCAAUGCAGCCGAAGAAGAUCGAAGAGAGCGAGAAUUCUUACAGCGUGGAGGGGUCCGAGGUCAACGACGCUAAGAUCGUAAAUCUCGAGGAGAACAAGUACCGUUUCCAGAGACAGAGGGUCAGGAGGCAGAGCAGGCCUAUCGAUCAAGACUUCAUCAACUUCGUCAAGGAGAAGAACUUCCCGGUCUACGGUUUGGACGAACUGAGGAACACGCCGAACCUGGUGAACCCGCAUCUGUACGCAUCCGAUGUGCUCCACAAGGUGGAGAUCGAUAUUACAGAGAAAGGCACCGUGGCCGCGGCCGUGACCGGCGUGAUACUCGAGCGUGACGGAAGUCAAAAAAGGUUCCUGGCGAACCGGCCGUUUGUCUUCUUCAUCAGACACGAUCCUACGGGCCUGAUCCUGUUCUGGGGAACGGUGAACGCUCCUACGCCGAACUACUGAGUGACGUAAAUCGUUAAGAACACUUUCAACGAGGCGAUCACCUCCAUAAAACUCACGCCGCGGGAGAUCACGAUCGGAAUGACUUCUCCGGGAUACCCCGGAAAUUUCCAGGGAAUGCUUCCUUGGGAAAUUUCAUUAACGUCCUUUAGCUUGUGCAGGUGCCUCUCGUGUAAAACACUUUCAACACUUCAGCUACCGCAAGUCUUAGUUGCGUUUUUGAUUUUGAAAGUUAGUAUAUUAAAAUCACGUUUGAAACGGAAGCAAUCAGAACGACAUUGCGAUAUUUCCUUAUACUUUGAUUGUGAAAUUAUAAAGUUUUGCAAGUCAAAACGUAUACUGUAACGCGACGACGAAGACCGUAUUGAUAAAUGAUGAGUGAUUAUCUUGAUCAGGAGUGGUAGAUAAAGUGUUAGACAGAUUUGAAAGUAUUUUUGUACAAGGAGGUCUUUGUAUACGAAUACGUUUUAAAUGAUUGAAUAUUAAUAGUAAUUAUCAUGGGAGAUUCAAAGGCAUCACAAAUUGAACAUUAAACGAAUGAUAGUUAUUUAUCGUUUCGAUCGUGAUUUUUUAUUGCUACCUUCUUUAUUAUUUAAUCAAUACUAUUCACCAUUGCUUACUGUCGUAACUUCAAUCAUGUUUAUGUAUGCAUCUGUUUUCAUGGACACUGUUGGGCAUGCAGGUGAUUACCAUUAAAAGAGUGUUACGUGCGAGGAUUGAGUAAACCUUGCCCGGCUGAGAGCGCGUUGCGAUUGAGAGAGAGAGAUGCAUGAAUGUUUGUAUAUGACUUAUUUAUAUCAUUUCCCCUUAAUUCGUGGCCACCGUAAAUUUUAUACGCGCUACUAUAACAUUCCGAUUGAAUCGUAAUGAUUUAUGGUAGAUAAAACCUGUAUUCCUAAUAAAACAGUAUUUUCUGAUUGCUUCAAGCUGUAACGUUAUCCUAUGUGCAAUUUAAUGUUGCAUCAUUAUAAGCUAAUCACUGUCGACAUUAAGUUAUUCGAAGAAUUUUAUAUAAAAGUGACGAAUAAAUGAUUUCAAAACAUCUUUUUUGUAUUAAUCACUGUACUGAUGCUUAAAACGCGUAGAUUAUAUUCAUUUCCAUUACAACAAUAUCAACUAUUAGGAUAAUAUUCAUUAUCGAGACUGUAUAUUUAUUAAAUUGUAUCGUUCAUCUAC